ACUAGUCCCACCAUAAAAUCCAUCUCAAACUCUUGGAUCAUAUAUUUCAACCUCCUCAGAUUUCUUUCUUAGCAAACCAAUUUUCAACCACAUGGGUAUCCCUCACUUUCUCGUUAUACCAUAUCCAGUUCUGGGUCAUGUGAAUCCCCUUAUGCAAUUGUCUGAGGCUCUAACCAAGCAUGGCUGCAAAAUCACAUUUCUGAACACAGAGUUCAGCCACAAAAGAGCAAACAACGCUGGUGCUGAACUAGACAACCUUAAGGAAUCAGGAAUCAAGUUUGUGACACUCCCAGAUGGCUUGGAACCUGAAGAUGAUAGAAGUGACCAUGAGAAAGUUUUUUUGUCUAUCCAAAGCAACAUGCCUUCUUUGCUUCCAAAGCUCAUAGAAGAUAUCAAUGCUUUGGAUGCUGAGAAUAGCAUAACUUGCAUAGUUGCUACUAUGAAUAUGUGUUGGGCCUUGGAAGUUGGACACAAACUUGGAAUUGAAGGAGCUUUUCUUUGGACUGCAUCUGCAACUUCCUUGGCUGCAUGCUAUUGCAUUCCAAGGCUGAUUGAUGAUGGAAUUAUAGACUCAGAAGGAGUAGCAACCAAGAAACAAGAAUUCCAGCUUUCCCUAAAUAUGCCUAUGAUGGACCCUGCAGACCUUCCAUGGGGUGGCCUAGGUAAGGUUUUCUUCCCUCAAAUAGUUAAAGAGAUGAAAAUCUUGGAGUUAGGAGAAUGGUGGCUUUGCAACACCACUUGUGAUCUUGAGCCUGGAGCACUUGCCAUAUCUCCAAGGUUCCUCCCAAUUGGCCCAUUGAUGGAAAGUGACACCAACAAAAAUUCAUUCUGGGAAGAGGACAUAACUUGCCUAGAUUGGUUGGAUCAGCAGCCACCUCAAUCUGUUGUGUAUGUUUCUUUUGGUAGUUUAGCAAUAGUUGAACCUAACCAAUUCAAAGAACUAGCUCUAGGACUUGAUCUCCUUAACAUGCCUUUUCUUUGGGUUGUACGUUCCGACAAUAAUAACAAGGUAAAUAGUGCAUACCCUGAUGAAUUCCAUGGAAGUAAAGGUAAAAUUGUCAAUUGGGUGCCUCAGAGGAAGAUAUUGAACCACCCUGCCAUAGCUUGCUUCAUUAGUCACUGUGGUUGGAAUUCAACUAUAGAAGGUGUAUGCAGUGGCAUACCUUUCUUGUGUUGGCCAUUUUUCUCUGACCAAUUUGUUAAUAGGUCGUAUAUUUGUGACGUGUGGAAGGUUGGAUUGAAAUUAGACAAGGAUGGAAAUGGAUUAAUACUGAAGGGAGAGAUAAGGAAGAAGGUGGAUCAAUUGCUUGGGAAUGAAGACAUCAAAGCUAGAUCGUUGAAACUGAAGGAAUUGACUGUGAAUAACUCAGUUAAUGGUGAUCAAUCUUCAAAGAAUCUAGAAAAGUUUAUUAACUGGGCAAAGUAGUACUACCUCCUGCUAUAGUUUGGAUUGGAAGUUGUCUCUCUUUAAUUUUUCUCAAUUUUUAUGUCUGAAAUUCGUUUACUAUAGCUAAACAGCAGAUUGCAUCUCCCUGUUGGGUCCAAAGAUACUCAAAAGAAUCUUUUCCAAUUUCAAAAGAAUAGAAGUUAAGUCCAAUGACAAAUUUAGUUUCUGCUUUGCUUUGCCUAUUUUAUUUCCAAGUUGGUUGGUUGUAGUCAUAUAGCAUAGCUACCAGCUUAAGGGGUGGAGAUAUGCUGUUGAAUUAUGUGGAUUUGUUACUUAAAUUGAUAACUAUUUUUUUUUGGACAGCAAUUGAUAACUAAUUAAUAUUAUUAGUGCUCAAA